AUGUCUAGGAAAGGAGUCGGCCUUGCGGCUUUUGAUCGAUCUCGGAUAACAUCAGCCCAAUAUGCAUCUCACGGCAACAGCCUUCGAAGCUCCCACUCCACAUCCAUUGCAACCCAGCUCUCCGUCUUCCGGUCCCUCUUACAAAACUUCGCCCAAACCCAUGCCAAAGACAUUCGUUCAAAUCCAAGUUUCCGCGCCGAGUUUGCACGCAUGUGUGCCGCGAUAGGAGUUGACCCCCUGGCAAGCAGCAGCGGAGCCUCGGGGAAAGAUGGAGGGGGAAGUUUCUGGGCUCAGUUACUCGGGAACAGCGUCAAUGAUUUUUAUUUCGAGCUUGCUGUGAGAGUCGUGGAAGUUUGCGGCGCUACGAGGGAAGAGAAUGGAGGGCUCAUAGGCGUGAAAGAAGUCAAGGACCGCAUCAUGAGCACGAGGAUGGAAGGAGGGACUGAAAUCACGGAUGAUGAUAUCCUACGCGCGGUCACUACGCUCAAGCCUUUAGGGUCAUCUUAUUCCACCCUCACGGUUGGCCAUAAACUCUACAUACGCUCUGUCCCCAAAGAACUUAAUGUUGACCAGAGCGCCGUGCUUGAAGCAGCUCAACUUCUUGGCUAUGUGAGUGUAUCGAUGCUGAUGCUGAAUUUGAGAUGGCCGAGAGCAAGGGCGAAAACAGCGGUUGAUGAUCUUGUUUCCGAGAGUAUGCUUUGGGUGGAUAAGCAAUGUGAUGAGUGGGAGUACUGGAGUCCUGGAUUCAUGCUUGAAAUUCAGGGGGGCGGCAAUGCUGGAUGA